GAUCGAUUCGAUUGGGAUCAUCAUCUUCAUCAGUUCUUUGAUAAUCAAUUGCCGAUUCUGCAACUCGGAUCGCAAAAAAAGAGAGCUUCAUAUUCUUCCGGUUCCCAAGCCUUAUUUUUCAUUCGUCUGCAUCUAACUUUGCGAAUUCCCUUUUCAAUUCUGCAUCCUUAGGGUUCUCUCGGAGGAGGCGUUUGGUUUCUUGCCACUGCUCUCUCCCCGGAUCUCCCCCUCGUUUCGAUCGAAUUUCUAGAGAAUGUAUGGUUUCGAAGCGCUUACGUUCAACAUUCAUGGAGGCUAUUUGGAGGCCAUCGUUCGGGGACAUAGGGCUGGGUUGCUGACUGCCGCUGAUUAUAACAAUUUGUGUCAGUGCGAAACCCUUGAUGAUAUCAAGAUGCACCUCUCUGCCACUGAGUAUGGCCCUUAUCUGCAAAACGAACCAUCUCCAUUGCAUACAACAACAAUUGUGGAGAAAUGCACCCUUAAACUGGUUGAUGAGUAUAAACACAUGUUGUGCCAAGCCACAGAGCCCUUGUCCACGUUCUUAGAGUAUAUCACAUAUGGUCACAUGAUAGACAAUGUUGUCCUUAUCGUUACUGGAACCUUGCAUGAGAGAGAUGUUCAGGAACUGUUGGAGAAGUGCCACCCGUUGGGCAUGUUUGAUAGCAUUGCUACCUUGGCAGUUGCUCAGAAUAUGCGGGAACUUUAUAGAUUGGUGCUUGUUGACACCCCUUUGGCUCCAUACUUCUCUGAGUGUAUCACAUCUGAGGAUUUGGAUGAUAUGAAUAUCGAAAUAAUGAGGAACACUCUCUACAAGGCAUACCUAGAGGAUUUCUACAGGUUCUGUCAGAAACUAGGUGGAGCCACUGCUGAGAUCAUGUCUGACCUCCUUGCUUUCGAAGCUGAUCGAAGGGCUGUCAAUAUUACCAUAAAUAGUAUUGGCACUGAGCUUACCCGAGAUGACCGAAGGAAGUUAUAUUCCAAUUUUGGUUUACUUUACCCCUAUGGUCAUGAAGAGCUCGCAAUCUGUGAGGAUAUUGAUCAGGUUCGUGGUGCCAUGGAAAAAUACCCUCCCUACCAGUCCAUUUUCUCCAAGCUAUCAUAUGGAGAAAGCCAGAUGCUUGACAAGGCAUUCUAUGAAGAGGAGGUGAAAAGGCUAUGCUUAGCAUUUGAGCAACAGUUCCAUUAUGGUGUUUUCUUUGCAUACAUGAGGUUGAGGGAACAAGAGAUUAGGAACCUAAUGUGGAUCUCGGAAUGCGUUGCUCAGAAUCAGAAGUCAAGGGUUCACGACAGCGUCGUCUUCAUAUUUUAGUCUGAUAAAAGAAAAAGAAAGGGGGGGCUGUCUACUUGAUCACAUUUGUUUCCUGUUUUUGCAUAAUUUACUGUAAAAUCUCGUCUCCAUCUUAUCCUAUAUUGUGCUGUCGAGAUGGGGGGUUCAUACAUUCUUUCCAUGCUAGACUUCAUGUCUAAAUAAGUGCGUUUUUUUGAUGUAUUAAUGGUUUAAAAUUGAGUGAGAAGUUAUUGUACCCACAAGAAUCGUACGACAUAUGUGGGAGAUGAAAUUGAGUUUAUUAUGUAAUAAGUCCUUGUUGAAUCAGCUUUGUUUUGUUA